UGCUGGAAAAUGCAGCAGUGAAGCACCGUUGGGGCCGGUGGGCAAAGAGUGUAUAAGACUGUAUACAGUAUGUAUGGCUUUGCCGUAGUUUCCACUGACAGACGAUUACGCUAAAGAUUCCGAUAAAUGUCUGUGUGAGACGACCAGAAGCAAGAAAAACCAAAGGUGCACCAGCACUGAAGGAAGCACAUCAUUAGGAUGGAAGGGAGGAGUUAACAGAACUGCCAAAAAAACAAAAAACACCCCGAAGCACGUUUUUCUGCCUCCCUGAAAGUAACACUGAAGGUACUGCAGAAGUUUGGGGAAGAUCGCCAGUUUGCGCUUGCUUUGGCCUAUUCAUCUGCAAAUCUGACUUUGUUUGGUACGUUCCUGUGCUCCCGCCACUGCGCGCUGUCUAGCCGCCCGGGAUGAAGUGGCCCUUCAAGUCCAAAUCGGCGCCCAUGGUGGGCACAGAACCCACGGGUGCCGUGACCACGGCCACCCCGCCCCCCCCAGUGGCGUCCACGGUGGCCGAUAAUUCGACCGAGACCGGGGGCCACCCAAACAAAAACGAUGCCUUUGAGGAGAUUAAGAGCAAGUUCCUGAAUGAGAUUAAUAAAAUCCCACUGCCACCCUGGGCCCUCAUUGCCAUCGCCGUGGUCGCCUGCCUCCUGGUGCUCACCUGCUGCCUCUGCAUCAUCAAAAAGUGCUGCUGCAAGAAGAAGAAGAAGAAGGGCAAGAAGGACAAAGGCGGCUUCAACAUGAAGAACAUCGGCAAAGACGAUGAGAAACUUCAGGACGACGACGAUGACGACGCAGAGACUGGGCUCACCGAGGAGGAGAAGGAGCCGGAGGUGAAGGAGGAGGAGAAACUGGGCAAGCUGCAGUACUCCAUCGACUUUGACUUCCAGGACAACAAGCUGAGCGUCGGCAUCCUGCAGUGUGCAGACCUCAUAUCCAUGGACACAGGAGGCACAUCUGACCCCUACGUCAAAGUCUUCUUCUUACCUGACAAAAAGAAGAAGUUUGACACCAAGGUGCACAAGAAGACACUAAAUCCAGUCUUCAACGAGACCUUUGUUUUCAAGAUCCCCUACCAGGAGCUGGGGGGAAAGACGCUGGUGAUGUCAGUCUACGACUUCGACCGCUUCUCCAAGCAUGACAUCAUCGGGGAGGUGAAACUGCCCAUGAACACGAUUGACCUGGGUCAGCCCAUCGAGGAGUGGCGGGAUCUGGAGAGCGUGGAGAAGGAGGAGCCUGAGAAGUUAGGCGACAUCUGCAUUUCUCUGCGCUACGUUCCCACUGCUGGCAAGCUUACUAUCUGCAUUCUGGAGGCCAAAAAUUUGAAGAAAAUGGAUGUGGGUGGACUUUCAGAUCCCUACGUGAAAAUCCACCUCCUUCAGAAUGGUAAGCGUCUUAAGAAGAAGAAGACCACGGUGAAGAAGAAUACGCUCAAUCCAUACUAUAAUGAGUCCUUCAGCUUCGAGAUCCCACUGGAGCAGAUGCAGAAAAUCGUGGCAGUGGUUACUGUGCUGGAUUACGACAAGAUCGGGAAGAACGACGCCAUCGGCAAGGUCUUUGUGGGCAGCAAGGCGUCUGGCACGGAGCUUCGACACUGGUCCGACAUGCUGGCCAAUCCACGGCGGCCCAUUGCCCAGUGGCACUCCCUCAAACCCGAGGAGGAGGUGGAUGCCAUAUUAGCCUCUCUGUCGGGCAAGAAGUAGCCCCCCCCCCCCCAUAAAACCAGUUACCCAACUAACUCAAAACCCCAACACUGCAUGACAUUCAAGGAUUAACAACCAUGACAUGGUCAAACCCAUAAAAUCAUCCAAAACCCAGAAAAUUAACAGAAAAGUAAGAAUCUUCUAUUCUUACAUUUUUUUUCAUGUAUUUCAACAAUUUCCAUCAAUUAAAAAAAAAUUAAAACGAAUACGUGGACAGUACAGGAAACAUACAGAGGAUUGGAAGAGAUUGUUUAUACAGGUUCAUCUACUUUUAAGCAUUUUAAUUUGGAGUAAGAUACUGUUAAAUUUAUUUAUUUUUAGUUUACAUGGAGGGGUGCAUGCUGAUGUGAUAUCUCACACCUUUGGGAUCAGGGUUUGAGUCUCCGGCAUGGCAUUGAGUCUCCAUGUGUGUGGAGUUUGCAUGUUCUCCUCGUGUCAUUGUGGGGCUUCAUCGAGGUUCUCCGAUUUCCCCCCACAGUCCAAAAACAUGCUGAUGUUUAUUGGAGUUGCCAAAUUGCCCAUUGGUGUGAGUGGUAUGUGACCGUGCCCCGCGAGGGCUUGGCACCCCCCCACCCCACUUUGUUCCCUGCCUUGCACCCAUUGCCUCUGGGAUUGUCUCCAGACCCCUUAUGACCCUGAAUAGGACCAGUGGUUUCGGAAAAUAUGUGGAUGGAUAGUUUACAUGAUGUUGUCUAUUAAAUUAUGAAAUCAGUGGAGGAUAGCUGGUGAUGACAUUGAAGCAUUCAUCUUCUGAAUCAACAUGCCCAAAUUUUGGCAGUAGGGGAGCUGAUUGGGUCUGGUAGAUAUAGAAUUUCAAUCUGCCUGCCCUGUCCCCUAGAGUGAAAUACACUGUGUGUUUGUAGGUCAGUUCUUGGUUUGGGGUUUGGGAAUACAGAACAGUAAAAUAUGAAUAAUGCAUAUGCACGUUCCAUCAGGGAGUUGUUUAUCUGUUUGUUUGUUUGUUCAUCAAUUCAGAAUUUGUUUAUUUAUGAAUGAUAUUCCGACGUGACUACAUGCUUCAUAGCUGUAUUUGGAGAUGGUUAUAUGAGGGAAUGUCACCCUUUCCACUCAAACAAGUUUUAGUCAUGUAAGGACGUUACAAAUAGAAUCUCACCUACACGACGGUCAGCUUUUUGUGCCUUUAGCAUGAAAAAGUUCAUAAAAAAUGCAAAUAUGUUUUGAUUUUCUUUCUUUAAUGAACGGGAUGUCUGUGAUGUAGAUGUAUAGUGCACUUAGGUUCAUGUAUUUAUUAUUUGUGUGUUACUGAGGAACAAUGUCUUCCAAAUCAAUGGUUGAUUGGACCUCUGUCUUAAGGACUGAACUCUAAGGACCCCACAAAUGGGAUGUUUGUGAGGUGUCUUUUCUACUGCCUGCAAUCUACCACCUUACAUAUAAAUGCUUCCAGCUCAUUACUUCAUUCAUCAGCCAUGGAGCCAUGGAGUUUUCCUAUGUGUUUUGAAAACAUGUAAAUGCUAUUCCUGGCUUAUCUAUUAAGCAAUCUGCAGUAAGAAAAUGGAACGGGAAAAAUUCUGAGGAAUAGCUAUAUAAAUGUACUAAUUGGUGCCAUACUGUCUUUUUCAUGCGAACCAAUGUAAGCAUCUUACAUUAGCGAUAAACUGAAAUCCAUAGCUUCAUAAACAUGUAUUUAAAAUACAUACUUUUUCAUUGAAGAGGUUCUAAAGUAAACAUUUAAUGCUCUUAAAAUGUUGAAUUAGAAUGGUUAAAAACAUAGAGCGAGAGAGAAAGAGCAGUUUUAAAAAUCUGAAUGGGUAUAGUGAAUGACAUUAUUUUGGUAUAUGCUUAUUUUAUGUAUAUCAGGGCAUUACUAGUCUACCUUAAAAUGGUGCACUUUAUUUUACAUUGUAUUUUACAAUACCCUCUUUCUUUCGUACGUGUCCCGUUGAACAAUGUGUAUUGACAACUGAAGAGAGCCGUUUGAAGUUUCUGAUCAGUCGCCUGUUGUUCUAACAAGUUUGGAGCAGUUUGUUGUUUGUUCAGCACCAUCACUGGAACCAAUAUGCUUCCAGAUACAAAAGCGAAUGUUCCUACAGUGCAAACUAGAGGGCGACGGAGAGUAGCCCACAGCGUGAAUGUAACAGAGCCAAAUAUCUGAAUCCCGGUACGCCACUGUGGAGGUCCCAUGAAAUGAAUCAAUUUGAGGUAUCUGUAAUUUUCUACCUGACUGCACAAAACAUCAAAAACUGUGCAGUCUACAAGCAAAACUCAGUGUAAAAAAACAAAGUUAUCAGAAAUUUAUCUCACGAAAGAAACAUUUCAUGAUUCACUGUCAUUUAGAAGCAUUCAACAGCAUGAUCCCAGUCAUCCCACAAAUGUUUCAUUUUAAAUAUGCCUUUAGAAAUAUUUAGUAAAUUACUGUUAUCUAUGUAUUGUCUUCUUAUCAGCAUUUUUAAAAAUACAUUUGCAAAGAAGACUUCCUCAAAUAGUGUUGAUAAGGUAGCAGAAGCUUGUGUGAACCUACAAUGAAUUUUUUCAGAAACCGAUUUUCUAGUCAUGCUCAUUUUUAUGCGCAAACAUACAAUAAUAAUAGCCAUGUUUCCAGAUGUUCAGCUGUGGUUAAAAGUCAUGGAAUAAUAAUAAUAAUAAUAAUAAUAAUAAUAAUACAGGCACCAGGCCCGCAUGAUCCUGACCAGGCUAACUGGUUAGAAGGAGGAUGGAUGAACGGAUGGGUGGGUGGAUGGAUGGAUAGACAGACAGAUGGACAGACAAUAAUGAAUGAUAAUUAAUAUAACAGAACAGUCACUUUACACAGGACCAUAACAAGUGCAGUAAACACUCAGAGAUUCAAAUAUCUGCAACCAAAAAGCCAUCCUUCUAGCAUCAGCGUGUGUCUUUUAUUCUGAAAUAUAAAGAACACGUACUAAAAUAAACAAAAAGCAGGAAAUAAAGCACUAAACAGCAAAUGGGAACAUUCAUCAAACUAUCCAUUGGUGUGUAGUUUUGCCUCAUUUUUCUCUCUCUCUAUAUAUAAAUAUAUACAUAGAUAAAAUUUGUUAAUAUUGCAUGCUUCUAUACAAUACUGUAUAUAGCAGCAUGUUUUAAAGGCAAAGCAAAAAAUAUAUUGUGUAUGUGUAUGUCAUUUCCCAUUUUAAUAAUAAAAUUUGGAAAACGUAUUUUUUUCUGUAUCUUUCAUUAGAGUGUGUGGGACGUGGCAGUAAAUAUCGGAUACCGAAGCUGCUGUUUAGUCUCUUUUCAGUGCUAAACUACAAGAUUCCCAUGACGGAACACUAUUUACAAAAAACAAUUUAGUUGCAUGCUUGCUUUUCGUGAGAAUAAUUAGGGGUUAGUUUACUGGAGAAAUGGGAACAGUGGUGAACUUUUGAACCAUAGUGGUGAACAUUUGGAUUGCUUUACAUGGUAGGGGGUUUGCUAAAAAAAGAAGAAAAAAAUGUAAGAUCUAUAGAUAAAAAAAAAUAUGAUUAAAAAAGUUCUCUAAUCGUUCCCUGGUUCCCAUGGUGAUUAAUUGCCCACUUAAGGAAUACAGUCAUUUCAUUUCAUUUCCUUUGUAGUCCCUUUGUAGAUUUUUUCCCAACUGUUGUCAAUUAUGAGGUGACUGGAAUGUAAUGUUAUCUCAUUUUCGCCACAUCUGUCACGCUUACCUCUGACCCAAAGCGAAGGGACAGCCAGUUAAAAUACCGGGCUGUCAAUAUGACUAAGGGUAAUUUUUGAGAUGUCCUUAGCGGCGAGUGAAGUAAGACCUGUGAACGCUGCCAGAUGCCCAGAGUGCAGGAAAGUGACUUUGCAAGCCAGCUGCUGUCUUCCAAAGCAGUGAAGACUAACCCCUGCUCACACUAUUUUGCUCCAUAUGCCCACGCAUUUGUUUGAAUCCAAACCCGAGGUGCCCAGUGGGCAGCCAAGUACAGCGUUUUUUAUGGAUCUCCCUGGACCAGCACUGAGCCCAUCUGCCUCCGACCUCUGCGACAUAUUAAGGCCUGUUCGCAAAUUCCUCUCAAUAAUAACUUGAUUCAAAAUCAGUGUCCUUCCUUAGAUUGGAGAAGCAAAAAAAAACAAAAAAAACAAAAAACAAAUUUGCUUUGUAGUGAAUUUAAAAC